AAAGUCAGAUUUGAAAUGAAAGUAGAUAGGUGAAGGUACCAUUACAAGUGAAUAGAAGUUGAAGCUGGCAGAGGAAGAGGCCAUAGAGAGGGAUUCUAGUAGUAGUUAGCCUGAGGCAGCUAGGCCAGCACAUGCAUGCACAUGGCAUAUGUCUAUCAGGGCCUGAGGAUCUGUCAUAUCGACGGCUCUCUGCUGUGGCAGGACAACUCCUGUCGUAAUACCUGACUGAUGUACCGCAAAGACAGAUACAUAGUCCAUUAUCUAUCCGGCUACUACCCACCAGGCUGCACAGCUUAUUAGACUUGACUUAUAGUUGGACCCCAGUCCGGAAGUAAGUCCGGGCAUCUGAAUGAUUGGACCGCCAUGCGGGCGUUUGCUCAGCUGAACAGCGACCGAGAUCCACCUGGAUGUCUUGCGCUGGACGUUGAAAAGAAAGACAGAGUGCAUGCGAUGACGACAUUUUGGUCAUCCUGUGCGCUCGGAGCGCUUUCUGAAGCCAAUCUUCGUAUCGCCUUUUGGGCCUCACCUCCCCUGAUCGUCUCUACAAUCCUGGUUGCCCGGUCUGGUUUGCAACACCAAGCUUAGACUUACCCCACCUCACAAAGUCCGCUGCAGCAUUAACCUGGCGGCUUGCAAGCCAGUUGUCGUUAAUUCAGGAUGAUAUAUCAGAUGAUGACCGACUGGCGCGCCCGAUGAUCCCUUCGAGGAUCGCCUCGUGAAAUUGACCCCACCAAAAUAACAAAGCAACAAACGGUCAAGCAAUGGGUGAAACACGGCAAGAAGCCGACCAAAGAAAGCCACAAAAUGCAGCCAAAAAAGGGGACGGAAUGGAUGAAGAAGCAGCAAGAGUAUUCUUCUCUAACGGAGAAUUCGAGUUUGGGUAUUUGACUUACCACGUCGUGCG